AUGACCGUCGCUGUUCUGACCAUCGCUGUUGCUGCGCCACCGUCACCAUCAUCAUCUCCGUGCUUCUCAUCAUCGUCUUCUCUAUGCUCACAUCGUUAUAUAUGUGAAGGCAUUAUCAUUAAUCUUGUUGUGGGACAUUACCAUCCUAAAAUUCUGAAAGCCUUAACAGAGCAGGCAGAAAAGCUGACCCUAAGGUCUCGAGCCUUUUACAAUGAUCGGUUUCCACCAUUUGCUGAGCAUUUGACAAGUAUGCUUGGUUAUGAUAUGGUUCUUCCCAUGAACACUGGUGCUGAAGGAGUGGAAACAGCUCUGAAAUUAGCAAGAAAGUGGGGUUAUGAAAAGAAAAGAAUUCCCAAAGAUGAGGCUAUUAUUGUGUCAUGUUGUGGCUACUUCCAUGGCCGUACACUAGCUGUUAUAUCUAUGAGUUGUGACAAUGAAGCUACCCGGGGUUUUGGUCCUUUAUUGCCUGGCCAUCUUAAAGUGAUUUUGGUGAUGCAGAAGGCCUUGAAAGAAUUUUUAAAGUGGGAAAUCCUUGUUGCUUCUUCAAAUUCUUUGGCUAAGAAAAAGAUAGGUGUGCUUAUAGAUUUCAUUUUGGUAAUCAUUCCUCUGAAUGGCUAUUUGAAAGCUGUUAGAGAUCUUUGCACUAGAUAUAAUGUGCUGAUGAUUGCAGACGAAAUACAAACUGGGUUAGCAAGAACAGGGAAGAUGCUGGCUUGUGACUGGGAAGAAGUUCGCCCAGAUGUUGUGGUUAGAAAAUAG